CGAACUUCAAGCAUUCCCAUUCCACGACAACAACCGCCCUCAACCACCACGACUACGACUUCUAUCCCCUUCUUUACAACUGCAUCGAUUCAUCGCCAUCGCUGCCAUCAAGGCCUCACCUUUUGUGACGACGUCGGGUUCCUCGCCUUCAUUCCAGAGGAGCGCAAGACAUCUGUCCCUCGGCCAGGAGGCGCGUGCACCUCCUCCCCCAUAGUCGCGCGUACAGCCCAUCGCCGUCACUGCUUGGAUGGAUGCAGUCGCACACUAGAUACUGGCUCAGAGAUGAUGGUUGGCAGACCCAGGGCGAGGUAGAUCGAUCACCGUGUCACGAUGUCUCGCGCGCCUGGGGCGAGCUUCGCGCAGUUCUUUCCAUCAGCCCCUCGAGCUGCCAAGGACAAGGCGAAGGAACGGGAGAAGUCGAAGUCACAGAGCAUCGACUCGCCGAGCAUACGACCGGUUGCUGACACGAAGCCGGCGGCAUCAAAUUUUCGUGUUGACGAUGGCGGGUCUUCCCGUGGGGGCGGAGAAAGCAUCCUUCCUACACCAGAUGCAGCAGCAGCCCCUCAGGUGGAGGAUAACGAGUCAUUACAAGGGGACCUACUGAAUGGCGUUGGAUCGGCCAGUUCACAUACAAGCGCAGGGUCAUCGGUCUUCAGCGCGCCCGCCCAACAACCAAAUACAUCGACGUCUGGGGCAUCUCGGAAUGUGAGCAGUCUUACUCCAUUGACGAACGCCGACUCCUCUCCAAGUCGUACCACAAGUCCCAACCACUACAAGGCGGGAGCUCCAACCACAAGUUCAGCGUGGUCCUUCACCGAGAAAGCCGUCGGUCAAGAUGACGUCCUCCAAGCGCAACCUGCCCUCGCAGACCAACCUCCUCCAGAGCCACGAGUCUACGCUCGAGAUCCAAACAAGGGCGUAAAAGGAAUAAUAUGCACAUAUGAUCCGCUGCUCGACCGCAAGCUUUCCUCGAACGAGAAGAAAAAGGCGAAACCCAUAUAUAAGGAGUUUGGUUUGGUACGUAUACUACAAUCCCUGGGGAGCGUCAUCUUGCUUGUGUGAAUGUCUGGCUAAUAGCUAUGCAGGAAGAUGACGCUCCCCCGGCGGAUCCACGAUUGGCCCAGCGGGGUACCAUACUGGAUUAUAUCAAUGUUGAUUACC